AUGUGCUUCUUCUGCCAAUUACCCAGCCCCACGCGUUCUAACGGGCUUGCAGAACUAGCCAAGACGGCCCGGUCAGGCUGCCAGAAUUCAGCAUGCAAGGCCGCAGGUCUCAAGAUCGAGAAGAAUGAGCUGAGAUUUGGUACCCUGGUGGAAAUCCAGGAACACUUCACGUGGAAGUGGAAGCAUUGGGGCUGCGUGACACCCGCUCAAAUCAAAAACAUCCAAGACCAAGUCGGUCCACUGGAAGAUCUUGAUCUUGACCAGGAUCUCCCCGCGAUUCUGGAUGGUUAUGAUGAACUUCCACCAGAAGCAUGUGAGAAAAUCAAGUUUGCAAUACUGCACGGUCACGUUGCAGAUGAGGACUGGAAGGGGGAUCCAGAAAAGAAUCGGCCCGGUCGAAAGGGCAUCAACAAACGCACUCCGAAGAGCAAAAAGAAAAAGGAGGUCGAAGAAGGAGACGGAGCUGCCGCAAUUGGUGAGGAAACGCCAACCAAGCCAAAGGUGAAGAAGAGCCGCGCCAAGAUAGUCAAGGCAGAACCCGAGGAUGACGAAGAUGAUCUGGCUCUUUCGCCGCCACCGAAAAAGAAAGCGACGGGCCGCAAGGUGAAGACCGAGGAUGAUGAAGACGAUCUCGCCUCGCUCCCGCCUGCGAAGAAGUCUAGAGGCCGGAAGCGGAAGACCGCCGACGAUGACGAACAAGAAGCGGAGGACACGAAACCGAAGACGAAGCGGGCGCCCCGAGCAAAGAAGGUCAAGACGGAAGAGCAGGACCCAGCUAUCGAUUCAGACCAGCCCUUGAACGAAGGCAAGGCCAGAGCCCGCGGCAAGAAAGCGAAGAAACCAGAAGACAGCGAUGGCGAUUUAGACGAAGACCCGGUCCCCCCCGCCGAGUCUGAAGCCAAGGGAAAAAAGACAAGAGCAAAGAAAGUGAAGCGGGAAAGCUUAGACGAAGACGAUGCACCCUUGGUGUCGAAACCUAAAGCUGUCAAGGCGAAGAAAGCAAAGAAGGUCAAGGCAGAGCCCCAGGAAGAUGCCGAUGAUGCGAUUGAGCCGUCUGCUGCAGACGUUAGUGACCAGGACGUGGCAGAACCAGUGUUAAAGCCCAAGAAGAGAGCGGCAAAGGCAGGCUCGGGCAAGGCCGCAGCGAAGAGAAAGGCCAGCUGA